GAAUAACCUAUUACUCAGAAGUAGCAUUGCAGGAGUGACUCGGUGGAGAAUAACGUCUUCAACUUGUAGAAAGAAAAAUCUAAAUGAAUAACGUCUUCCAUUCAUGCGGUUGGGCUGUUACAAAUAUCUGUCUUCACUCCUGUGAAGUCUGUGGCUGCCUCUCACUCUCUCACACUCGCACAAAGAGAAGAGAAGAUGGAGAUAGUGGAAAAGGUGGCUCUUCCUCUGCUCCUACCAAACUCACCCCCUUCAAGACCCAACAUUCCAACCACUCUUAUCCAUGACCUCACUUCAACUUCCUCUCCCCACCCACGACGGCGCAUAUCCCUCGGCAAAUCCUCCGAUCCCAACCGCGGCAAGCCAUGGUCUUCUCCUCACCUUUCCCCGCAAGGUCACCAAAUUCUUCAUUUCUUAACUCAUUCCCAUUCCGAUUCCAUUAACAUCGAUCAUAUUCUGCGUCCCCUUUGCGACCACCCACACCCUGCUUAUCUGUCUUCCGAUAUUUUGGGCAUAAUCAAGGCUUUAGGGUUUAACAACAAAGGUGACCUUGCCUUGGCCGUCUUCCGUUGGGUUCGUAGAAGAGAUGAUUGCGUUCCCCUUUUGAGCGGUUCUGCAAUACCCGUCAUCAUCAAAAUUAUGGGCAAAGCGGGUCGGGUCUCGUCUUUGCCCUCCUUGCUUCUCGCCCUUCAAAACGAUGGCUUUCAGAUUGAUGUCUAUGCCUACACUUCCUUCAUAAAUGCUUAUGCCAGUAAUGGCAGGUACAGGGACUCCGUCAAUCUCUUCAACAAAAUGCAGCAAGAUGGUUGCGCCCCCACUCUCAUUACUUACAAUGUCAUUUUGAAUGUUUAUGGCAAAAUGGGCAUGCCUUGGUCUAAAGUCACAGCUCUUGUUGAUGCUAUGAAAUCACGUGGGGUUGCCCCUGAUUUGUACACUUACAACACCCUUAUAAGUUGCUGUCGUCGAGGUGCCCUUUAUGUAGAAGCUGUCAAUCUGUUUCAACAGAUGAAGUUGGCUGGGUUUACACCUGACAAGGUUACCUAUAAUGCCUUGUUGGAUGUUUUUGGCAAGUCAAGACGGCCCCAAGAGGCUAUGCGGGUUCUCAAAGAGAUGGAGACAAAUGGCUUUUCUCCUACUAAUGUUACUUACAAUUCAUUGAUAUCGGCUUAUGUUAGAGGUGGUUUGUUGGAGGAAGCCUUGGAGCUUAAAACACAAAUGGUGGAGAAAGGGAUUCAGCCGGACGUGUUUACCUACACUACCCUUCUGUCUGGAUUUGAGAAGGCCGGGAAAGAUGAGCUUGCCAUUAAAAUUUUUGAAGAAAUGAGAGCGGCAGGAUGCAAGCCUAAUAUUUGCACCUUCAAUGCUCUUAUUAAGAUGCAUGGUAACCGAGGAAAGUUUGCAAAUAUGAUGCAAGUUUUUGAGGAGAUCAAGGUGUGCAACUGUUCUCCUGAUAUUGUUACUUGGAACACCCUUUUGGCUGUGUUCGGCCAAAAUGGAAUGGACUCCGAAGUGUCUGGAAUAUUUAAAGAAAUGAAGAGAGCAGGUUUUGUGCCAGAGAGGGACACCUUCAACACUCUAAUAAGUGCAUACAGCAGGUGUGGUUCCUUCGAUCAGGCUAUGGCUGUUUAUAAGAGCGUGCUGGAAGCUGGAGUGGCCCCCGAUCUUUCUACCUAUAAUGCUGUUUUGGCAGCGUUGGCUCGUGGAGGGCUUUGGGAACAAGCUGAGAAGGUCCUUGCUGAAAUGAAGGAUGGUCAGUGUAAACCUAAUGAGCUAACAUAUGCUUCUUUGCUUCAUGCUUAUGCCAAUGGUAAAGAGAUUGAAAGGAUGAAUGCUUUUGCUGAGGAAAUAUAUUCUGGCUCUAUUGAAACACAUGCUGUUCUUUUGAAGACCCUUGUUCUAGUAAAUAGCAAGAAUGAUCUCCUAAUCGAAACGGAACGCGCCUUUCUGGAAUUAAGGAGAAGAGGAAUUUCUCCUGACAUUACCACGUUGAAUUCAAUGCUUUCAAUAUAUGGGAGGAAGCAGAUGGUGGCCAAGUCCAAUGAGAUCUUGAACUUCAUGUAUGAAAAUGGAUUUACUCCAAGUUUGACAACUUAUAAUAGCCUAAUGUAUAUGUACAGCCGUUCUGAAAACUUUCAGAAGUCUGAAGAAAUCUUGAGGGAUGUUCUGGAGAGAGGUAUGAAACCUGAUAGAAUUUCAUACAAUACUGUUAUUUAUGCAUAUUGCAGAAAUGGUAGAAUGAAGGAGGCUUCACGGAUAUUUUCUGAAAUGAAAGAUGCCGCACUUGUUCCUGAUGUUGUAACUUACAACACAUUUAUCGCAACUUAUGCUUCUGACUCAAUGUUUGUUGAGGCUAUUGAUGUAGUUCGAUACAUGAUCAAGCAGGGAUGCAAGCCAGACCAGAAUACUUAUAACUCCAUCGUUGAUUGGUACUGUAAGCUCAACCAGCAAGAUGAGGCAAACAGGUUUGUUAAAAACCUUAGUAAUCUUGACCCACAUGUUUCCAAGGAGGAAGAUCGCCGGUUACUAGAGAGAAUAGCACAGAUGUGGCCAUAAUUUGUUUCAUGACUCUUUGGAUGCAUUACUGGAAUUUGGAAUAUUUCUCGGCCUCUAGUUCAUUGAUGCCCUUAGUCUCCUUCCUUCCUGGUUGCCAUUUUAUAUAAAUAUUUGGGGUAUGGAGGUUGGCGUUCACCCCUUGUAGUUAUAAAUCAAUGUAUUUUUCAGUGGGGUUUAUUUGCAGAAUAAGGCAGCAAUGUGUGUCUCCUCAUUGAUGCUUGCUGGUGCGGUUGUACAGAAACAUUGGGAAAUAAAAGAAUAGAAAGUGAAGGGACUGGUUGGCUUUGAAUAAAAUACCAUGUGGAAUAAACUAAGUAGCAGUGCUGUCUGGAAAGAAAAAAAAAUAAAAAGUGCAGGGAAGCCUUUUGAUAUAGUUUCACUCUGUAAUAGAAUUUACUGUUUGAUUUCCAAUUUAGUCUAUUUGUAACAAAAUAUGUAAGUUUUUAUGUUUUUGUUUGUAUUAAAGAUUAUUCCUGCUGGUGGGAGUGCUGUUUGUAUGAAGGGCAAAGCUUACCGUUUAAAACAUGAAUGACAUGUAGUAUUAAGCUCUGGGUUUGUGGCUAGUAGUCAUGUUUUACUCCCUUGGAAUUCGGAGAAUUUCUCACUAAAACAUUGUCUUUUUCACAACCCCUAAAUUUGGAGAGAAAUAAAUAUGAUUAUAUGAUAUUA